AUGGUGGACGUAUACACCAGGCCCCAAGUUCAGUCGGCCUUUGAACUCCAUCACUCGGCUGACUCGUCUGACUGGACUGGGGAUCUGCUAGCACCAGACAACCAUGACAAUACUAGCCAUGGUUACUGCCGCAGCUGCUGCUGUCCCACGCUCGAGACGCAUCAUCAGAGUUCACCGCUUCCUCGAGAACAUUACCGAGCCACUGCAUUUCCUGAGGUUUUCAGUCCAGACUCAGUAAAAUCAUUUCAUUGGCAGUGCAUGACUCCUAGCAACAGUUGCACAGUACCGGUAUCGACCCCGAUCCCCACGAUGACAACCAAGGAUCAUACUUUCAGCAUGGUCACACAAUCCAGAGCUUCGGGAGACCAACAGACUUGCUGCCAGACGCAUGGUGGAGAAGAGCAUUUGAUGUAUAGAUCCAGCCAACCGACACCUGUGGCCUGGUUCCCAUGGGCUCAAGAAUUGACCCAUACUCCAUUAUGUCACCAACCCGGAUACGACAUCUGCUCUUUGGGGCAGAUGAUGUCUGAUACACGUUUUCUUCAAUGUAAUGAGAAUAUUGAAUCUCUUAACAUUAGAACUCAAUACGCUCUUGAAGGAUAUUCAAACCAAGCUGAAGAAGAAGUUGGAGAUGAAGAAGGAUGUGAGGAGGAAGAGGAUGAAGGGGAAGAGGAAGAUGAAGAAGAGGAAGAAGAAGAAGGAUUACAUGAAUCAGAGAAUUCGGAUGAAUCAGAUGAGGGAAGUGGCUAUGACAAGGAGGAUGAGGAUGAGGGAGGAAAGAAACAAGACGACAAAGUUAUUUCCAUGGGAAGUGGGCAAACAGUAGAGAAGUACAGAAGGGAUCCUGAAAAACAAAGUGCUAUGCACGUAUACUGUUCAUCUUACCUCUCUUCGUCUUGUCAUUCUUUAACCAGCUCCAUCAUUCCAACUCUUUUCAACCACCCAGAUUCGUACUACUGUUGUUCUUCAUUCGCUAACUUGGUUUCAACACUCCCCGGGUUUCCCUGUCACCAUCCUCCUCUUAGUUCACCCCCAAUUCACACAAAGGGUACCGAUGAACUACAAGAGAAGACCUUCUCUGUCAACCAUCCACAACUACCGUAUGAGUCGUCCAGCUUUUGCAUCACCGCCUCGUCGACGCAGCCUGGCAACCAAAUGGUGUCUUCCAUCGAGAGUCCAGGAUCACUCUAUUCCCUGGCCUCCGCAGCCGGGCCAUCAGAGGUGAAUCUAGACGCUGAUGAAGAAAGGAGCGUACAUUUACGGUACCGGCCGAACUCACCGCAAAGAUGCUGCGGGGAAAGGCAAGCAAAAAGGAAAACGGCUGUGGCACCGGCAACAAAAGUGGCUGAAUGUUCCGGCCAACUGGCCACGUCUAAGGAGGCUAGAACUCGCAAUGAAAUGGAACGUAAUGGCUUGGCCUGUGAGACUGCCGUUCGCGUCAUCGAGGCGGUGAAGUUGGCUAGUGGAGUAGAACCAGAUCCCACUUCUAAGUUCACCAUUGACCAAGUAAGUUCGGUGUUGUCAUGA